UUAAAGCUUUUAUAGGACUAACAAGGAAGUUUUCAGCUCUGAAACUUACAGGAUAUUCGUAUUGUAUGAUGACCUCUAUGUCAAAAGCUCAAGGAAAAUUAGAUUUCUCAGUUCAUCACCCCUUUAAACAACCUCUAAUAAUGAUGUCGGAAUGUGCGCAUCAGAUGCUAUAAACAGACAUGUGACAGGUGCGCUCAUCAGGACAACUUUGUCUGAAGAACAUCCUGGACUGGCCCUCAGUGCAGCAAUGAAGUGCAGCAUCUCGUUCCCGCUUUUUCAGGGAACAGGGUUACAGUCAAGUAACUCAAGAUAUUCCCUUUCAAAAGCUACUCUCAAUGCUGUGCUGAUUUAAGUGCUAUGGGAACAAGAAUAACAACACCUUUGCACUAGAAGUGUCAGUAAUAAUUACAAUAAUGAUACUAAAGAUGGUGAUGAUAAGUUGUGUUGACGGCAAUAGUAAUAUCAGUAACAAUAAUAGAUAACAUUGAUAAUAAUAACAGUAGUGGUACUAAUACUGAAGAUGGUGAUGAUAAUAUUUGUGUUGACAGAAAAAGUAAAAUCAAUAAUAAUAAUAAUAAUAAUAAUAACAUUUGUAUCAAUAAUAAUUGCAACAGUAAAAAUAGUAAUACUAAAUAUGGUGAUGAUGAUAAUUUUGUAUUGACAAUACAACUGCAAUAGUAAUAAUAUAAUAACAUUAACAACAACAACAACAACAAUAAUAAUAAUAAUAAUAAAAUAAUAAUGAUAAUAAUAAUAAUGAUAAUAACAACAACAAUAGUAAUUAAAACAAUAAUAAUGCUAAAGAUGGCGAUGAUGAUAAUGUUUUGCGAUGACGGGACAGUGAUAACAAUAAUAAUAAUAAUAAUAACAAUAAUAACAAUAAUAAUAAUAAUAAAAUGACAGUAAUAAUGAAAUCAUGACACAUACCUAAACACAUACCACACCUCUCCUAGUUUCUGUGUCAGUGUGCUGCUUUUUUUUUUUUUUUUUCCUUCUUAUUCACAGUACAAUUACUAUUUGUAGGUAUGCCUAAGCUGAGGUGGUGCAUUAAAAGAAGGGUGUGGUGCAUUAAAAACAGCAUUUGGUGCAUUAAAAUCAUGUGUGGUAUAUGUUAGGUGUUGCUUUGAUUUGGUUAUAUUUUUAUAUUUUAGAUAUUUAUAUUAUUAUUACCAUUAUUAUUUUAUUCAUUUAUUUAUUUAUUUUUUAACUAUUAAAGAUAUACAUUAUACCGUUACCAUCCUUGUAUCAAGCAAAACAUCAUCACACCACCAUCAUUCCAUUACUGCUAAAUGUUUCUAUGAUAUUGAUAAUAUUAAUAACAAUAAUGUCAAUAAUAAUUAUAAUAAUGAAAAUACUCAUAUUAUUACUAAAACCUUGUAUAAAUAUGUAUAAUAAUAAAUGAAUAUAUAAUUAAACAGAAUGAGUGUGUCAGAUUUGUAAUAGUUGAAGGAGGUCUGAUCUGGAGUGUUGUGGUUCCAAUAUACAGUUGUAAUGAGGUGAAAAAUAUUCUAAGGAGAUGUAGUCUAUGAGCAAAUUCAUCCAGUGCGUUAUGUGAAUAGUGUUUCAGGAUUUUCAGUUCAAGAAGAUAGUUUUCUUGGCGAUGGCUAAGGCUACAAGGAGCAUCCUUUUGUUUGUUAUUUCCUGAUUGAGAGUUGAUAGAUCGCCCAGUAGACAGAGGGAGGGAGAUAAUGGGAUGUGGCAGCCCAGGAGGCGGGAUAGUGACGUCUUUCCAUAAGUGUUUAAUGGGUGGGCAGUGCCAUGUAGCAUGGAAAUAUGUGUCCGGACAGUUUUGUGAGCAGUGUGAGCAAAUUUCUGAUGUGAAUCCCAUUUUAGACAGCCUUUCCUCAGUGUAGUGUGUUCUAUGAAGAGUUUUAUACUGUAUGAGCUGACGGUUGGUGUUUUUAGUCAUGGAGUAAAUAUUUUUACAAAUUUGAGUCCAGAAGUCGGUAUCAGGAGUAAUCGAAAGGUCUUCUUCCCAUUUGAUUGUUGGUAAAGUUAUGGUUUUAUUUGAAUUAGUUAUAAUUUUGUAUAUUUUGGAAAGUAAUUUUUUCAGGGAGGAUAUAUUAACUAAAUCUGCUAACGCGGUAGGGAGGUGAAGAUUGAUAGUUCUAUUGUUGAUUUUGGAUAAAACAGCUGAUUUUAGCUGCAGAUAAUUCAAGAAUUGAUUGCUCCCGAUACUGUACUCCUGGACUAAGUAAGAAAAUGAAACAAAGUUGUUAGACUGAAAAAUGUGAUUUAUAUGUGUGAUGCCCUUUUGUGCCCAUUUAUUGAAAUUGAGUGUUUUUUUGUUGCUUGUGAAAUCAGGGUUGUUCCACAGUGGGGUGAGUUUAGAUGGGGCCUGUUUGGAGUUUGUGAUUUGAUGAUAUUUCCACCAGGCUGUCAGAGCAGAGGCUAUUGUCAGUGCUUUGAAACAUGGGUGGUGUUUAAUGGACUGAAUAAGAAAUGGGAUAUCUGAUAUGUGCAAGUUUUCGCAAAGUGAUUGUUCUAUGUCUAGCCAUAUAAUGUCUGAUUGAGUGGGGUGAAUCCAUUUAUAUAUGUAUUGAAGUUGGUUUGCUAGUGAGUAAUGGUAAAAAUGCGGUGCUUCUAAUCCUCCUAAGGAUUUGGGUUUUUGUAAAGUGCUUAAUUUUAUCCGUGGUGGUUUAUUUUUCCAAUAGAAUCGGGUAAUGAUGGAGUCUAAAGAUUUGAACCAAUUGAGAGAAGGUUGGGUUGGGAUCAUUGAGAAUAAAUAGUUUAUUUUUGGAAGUACUGUCAUUUUGAUUAUAGCUAUUCUGCCCUGAAUGGAAAGUGGUAAGUUGUGCCAGCGGUGAAGGUCGUCUUCUAUUGUUUUCAGUAGAGGAGUGAAGUUGAGUCCAGUCAGCUCUGACAGCCUGGAGGAAACCCUAACACCUAAAUAAGUGAUGUGGCCUGUGCAUAGAGUAAUGGGUGAUACCUGGGCUACCACAUCCCAUUUGGUUUGAUGUAGUGGAAGAAUUGAAGAUUUAUUCCAAUUUAUUGCAUAAUCUGAUAUUGUAGAGUAUAAAUCAAUGGUUUUAGUUAUUUCUUGCAGAGAUGAUUGAGGAUUUUGCAGAAAGAGUAAAAUGUCAUCAGCAUAUAAACUGAUCUUAUGUUGUGUUUGGGGUAUGUGGAUUCCUCUGAUGAGUGGGUUCUGAUGGAUGGCUGCUGCUAAGGGUUCAAUGAAGAUGGUGAAUAAAGAAGGAGAGAGUGGGCAUCCUUGCCUAGUCCCCCUGUGCAGUGUGAAGCUUUGUGAUGUUACUUUUUUAAGUUUUAAGUACAUGUCUUUGCUAAGUUUAACGUCACACUGGGUGGACAGAGAGUCAACAUUUACCCCUCGAAGUGCGUUGCUGCAUGCGAACGAGUUCCGAGGGUCACAUACUGGCACAUCAAUUGCCGAAGCAAUUGAAGAGAUGCUAGUAAAAUGGAAAAUCCCCAAGUCCAACGUUCAUGUUGUUUUGCGCGACAACGCUAGCAACAUGAAGAAAGCCAUGGACGAGAUGGAUGUAGCAAGUUUGGGAUGCUUUGCCCACACUCUCCAGCUGGUGGUGCAUGAAGGGCUACUGUCACAGAGAAGUGUGAGUGAUGCACUGGCGAAUUGUAGAAAGAUAGUCGGUCAUUUCAAACACUCACCUCUAGCUACUACAUGCCUGGAGGAUAUUCAAAAAGAUCUCCAAAUGCCCACCAAACGUCUGCACCAAGACGUAGCAACGCGAUGGAACAGUACCUACUAUAUGGUCGAAAGUUUACUGGAGCAGAAGCGGUCAAUUUCAGCUUAUGGAGCUGACCACGACCUGCCAGUGACCCUUACGUCUUACCAGUGGGCUUUACUGGAGAAAAUCAUCAUUGUUCUGGCACCAUUUGAAGAACUGACCAGACAGAUUAGCUCCUCCACCUCUUCUGCAGCUGAAGUCAUUCCCUCAGUCACAGUGCUGAAACGCCUGCUUGCUCGGGAGAGCGAGGGGGACACGGGUAUAAAAACCAUGAAAACAACCCUUCUUGAGGCUGUCCAGAAAAGAUUCAAGAAUAUCGAGAAUGAGCCCUUGUAUGCAGUUGCCACUCUUUUAGACCCACGAUUCAAAGACAGAUACUUCACAGGAGCAGACAGCAACAAGCAUGCCAAAGAUGCUCUGACCCAAGAAGUGGAGAUGGAGGCAGCGUUACUGAGCAGGACGACACCUGAGGGAGCAGAGACAGUGCCAGAAAACCCCCAUAAAGCCCCACGUCUGGAAGCACAGCCAGACAGCAGCAGCAGCAGAAAGAGCAGCUUGAAAGGCCUGUUUGAGGAAAUCCUGCAGGAGCAUGAUGAGGAACGUGGGGCAAGUAGCACUAGCACACAAGUUCAAAAUCAAAUACAGACAUAUUUGACAGAGCAAACGGUCCCACGCUCAGACAGCCCAUUCCAGUACUGGGGAGUCAACCAAAUUCAUUUUCUCCACCCUGGCUGCCACUGCUGCAAAGUUUCUCUGUGCUCCUUGUACCAGUGUUGACAGUGAGAGACUGUUCAGUGUAGCAUCCAACAUUAUUGAUGCAAGAAGGAACAGGCUAGAAGGAGAGAGGGCAGAAAUGCUCAUCUUCUUGAAGAAGAAUCUGCCUUUGCUCUUGAAAUUAUGAGCAAUACUAAAUUGCUUAAAUGCUACUGCAAUGUGUAGCCUACUUGAUGUAAAGUAUUUUUUGUUUAAAGGUGCCCUUGAUUCAAAAAUUGAAUUUACCUUGGCAUAGUUAAAUAACAAGAGUUCAGUACAUGGAAAAGACAUACAGUGAGUCUCAAACCCCAUCGUUUCCU